AUGGCGUCGUUGGUCCCAUUCCAGCAGGUCCGUUCGAACACGGUCAACUUCUUUUCGCGUUAUACGGGGCGAAGGCUUUGGAAAACAAUCACAUCUGUGUCGAAAGCCGGUCAAAAGAAGGGACGUCAGACCACAAGACAGCCUAUUCGAGCCUUGGAACAGUUCUACAGAAUCGGAGCCAGUAAGUUCAACGGGUACAUAGGAGUUUUGUGAUAGAGAAAGAGUUGACUCAAACGGUCAAGUCUUGCUUUCAUAGGGUUUUUUGAGUUUUUUUGGGUAGAGGGUGGAUGGAAAAGAUUGUACGGGACUUUGAAGAAGGUUUUAUAGAGGGUUUAUUUAAUUUAAUCCAGUUUCAAACUGUUAAAUAGUCGUCUUGAACAUCAAUGUCAAGUAUAAUAUAAUUCGAAUUUCAGGUCCCUUAAAAAUCAAAUACCCCGGUCUGAAUGAACCCAUCCGCUUUGAUGAUCCCGCAUCCAUCGAACCAGUGGCCGUGGAAGAGCAAACGGAAGACGAAUUGAAGGCACAGGUUGAUAUGAUCCAUGACAAACUGGAAGCCAAAGGAAAAACGAAGAAAAGAAGAGUCCGAGAAAAGCUUCAUCCACUCGAAAGAGGAUUCAGUGGGGGCAGAAUUGAAGGACAGAAGUUAGGAUCAAUGCCUCCAGUCGGAGAUGUGUCUUUCGACGACUUCCAGACCUAUGUUUUGGAGGUGAGUAGAGGUGUCAUGGAUAAUAUAAAAUUUUCGAAAAUGGAAGCUUGGACUUGGUUUUCUUUGACUUGGUUUGAAAAUUUAAGGCUUAUAGGGUAUAUGAGGACUAUAAUUUCCUGUUCCAGAUCAAACGAACCUCGAAUAUGACCAAAAUUUUCGGCCGUGUCCAUACAAUGAAUGCCCUCGUUUUCGUCGGAAAUGGAAAAGGCCUGGCCGGCUACGCGGUUGGAAAAGCCGGCCUAAAAAGAUCGAUGAACGCUGUAAUCAAGGGAAUGGGAAUCGCGUCGAGGAAGUUGUUCUACGUCGAGUUAUUGGAAGGCCGAACGAUCUAUCAGGACUUUUACGCGGAAUGUCGAAAUACUCGAAUUUUUGCGCAAAGAAGGCCAAAAGGCUUCGGAUUAGUGUGCCAUCCGAGACUCCAGAAGAUUUGUGAGGUAAGAGAAACUGGUUUGAGGGUAUUUAGUUUUUAUUUAGGGCUUGAUUUGAUAGGAUUUUAUAUUACACUAGAUAGGGGUAUUAUCAAAAAGUACAAAUUGAUCUUUCAGGCCAUUGGAAUCAAAGAUUUGUACGUGAAAGUAGAAGGAAACACUAGGAAUUACCUCGCAUUGACUCACGCAUUCGUCACUGGCCUUCAAAACCAAGAAACUCAUCAACAAUUGGCUGAAAGAAAAGGUCUCCAUGUGGUGGAAUUGGACCCAAACAGAAAUUAUUUCCCGAAAAUUGUGGCAUCCCCAAUCGAUACCCCCCUGAGAAGCGAUGAGGAUUUGUUGCCGAUUGAGAGAUUGAAUCUGGACGACUUUUAUGGCGAGGGAAGACAGCCGUUGUACAAGGAAAAACCAAAACCGUUCUAUGCCAACUUACCAGGUAAGGGAAAUUUGUGAUUGGUGAUUGGAAAAGGAGAAUAGAAUAGAGUGGUGAUGAUAGUUAUAGUGAAUUUGGAUUAUAUGGAGAAAGCUUUGUUGAGUUAUGGACGUUUCUUUAUGUUGUACUAGGUAUCAGAUGUCAGAUGGGAAGAAGUUGAGAAAAACAAUGAGCAAUAUGUGGGAAGAUGACCUGUUGAGUUUUCUAAGGUCUAAUAUUGAGUUGACGGCGAUUGUAAAGCCCUGGGAAGAGGAGAUUUGUUAAUUAUCUUACACUUGACUAUCAGAUGUCAAGUGUUAAUAUAAAGCGGGAAAACAGUAAAUUCGGUGUCAAAAGUGAACAAUGCGUCUUUUUAGAGGUCUAGUACUUAUAUUCAAGUUAUGAACCCAAACUAUGAAACAUGGUGGGCUCUAUAUUACACUUGACCCAUCAGAUGUCAAGUGUAAUAUAAAGCGGGAAAAUAGUAAAUUCGGUGUCAAAAGUUGUCAGUACGUCUUUUUAGAGGCCUAGUAUUUGUAUUCGAGGUAUAAAACCAAACUAUGAAAUAUGGUGGGCUCUAUGUUACACUUGCCUAUCAGAUGUCAAGUGUAAUAUAAAGCGGGAAAAUAGUAAAUUCGGUGUCAAAAGUUGUCAGUACGUCUUUUUAGAGGCCUAGUAUUUGUAUUCGAGGUAUAAAACCAAACUAUGAAAUAUGGUGGGCUCUAUGUUACACUUGCCUAUCAGAUGUCAAGUGUAAUAUAAAGCGGGAAAACAGUAAGCUCGGUGUCAAAAGUGAUCAGUACGUCUUUUUAGAGGUUAUAUUCACGGUAUAAAACUAAACUAUGAAGUAUGGUAGGCUCUAUAUUACACUUGAACAUCAGAUGUCAAGUGUAAUAUAAUUGACCGAAAAUAAAAGAAGCUGUAUAGAAACGGUGUAGAGAAUGAUAUGCAAUGACCUAUAGAGUAAUACAAAACACAUUUUUCAGGUCAUCUCCUCGCCGAAUGGCGCAAACAUCCAUUCCGAAACAUGGAGAAUGUCCAGGUGCGUUUAAUGGCCGAUGGAUUUGUAGAGCGCUGGACUCGAGACAACCGUCAUGAAUAUGCGGCUAGAUGGAACGAAAAGGCCAUCAAUGGAGUCGUCCCAAUUCCUCAGGGCAUCGGUCUCUCAGCCGUGAUUCCGAAGAAAGAGUAA